CAAGAUACGUCUUCACAUUGCACGAGCAACCGUGAACAAACAAAAUGUUAAUAAAAAUACUCCUUUUACCGGCACUUUUUAGUUUAGUCGCAAGUGAAAAAUUCCGAUUCGAUAACUACACGCUAUACAGAAUCACACCGGAAAAUGUUCAGCAGAUCAAGAUUUUACAAGACAUACAGAACACCGAGAGCAAAUACGAUUUCUGGACCGACCCAGUCCCGUCGGCGGAUUUUGUUUCGGUGAUGUCGAGUCCGCAGGAUCGGAAUGCCUUUGAGAAUAUUCUUAACGAGAAUAAAAUAAGAUUUUCGAUAUCCAUGGAAAAUAUUCAAGAAGCAAUCGACAAAGAAAAGGUGGGAACGUAUACCAGAAAUAGUAGAUCUAUGCAGUGGAAUGCGUACUACACUUUGGAUCAGAUCUACGCUUGGCUUGACGAUAUAGCUAGAGCCUACCCCAACAUAGUGUCAAUCAUAAUCGGUGGUCGUUCCUACGAAGGAAGAGACAUUAAAGGAAUCAAAAUAUCCCACGGAUCAGGUAGAAGAGCUGUUUUCAUCGAAGGUGGUAUACAUUCGAGAGAAUGGAUUUCUCCAUCGGCGACGUGCUAUAUAAUCAACGAGCUAUUGACCAGCUCCGAUGUGGAGACAAAGGCUGCAGCAGACGAUUUUGAUUGGUACGUGUUUCCUGUUACCAACCCCGACGGAUAUAUAUGGACACACACACAGUUUCGAAUGUGGCGUAAAAACAGAAGGCCUUUCGGCAACAACGUUGGUGUCGACUUGAAUAGGAACUGGAAUAACAACUGGCUCGUUGCCGGUUCUAAUCUUGAUGCAUCUACAGACAUAUUUGCUGGUCCUGGGCCUUUUUCUGAACCUGAAACCAGAUCUUUGUCAGAAUUUAUAAUGUCAAUUGGCGACAAAAUCGAUCUUUACUUAUCAUUCCACUCCUUCAGUGAGCUCCUUCUGAUACCAUUUGGAAACUCAACACAGCCGUACGCAAACUACCAUGACGCGUUGAACAUCGGUCGUCGUGCAAUGGGUGCCCUGUCUGUGAGAUACGGUACUCAAUAUACCACUGGAAAUAUUGCCGAAGCUAUAUACCAAGCAACGGGAGGCAGCGUUGAUUGGGUUAAGGAGCACCUGAAAGUUCCUCUGGUCUACUGCUACGAGCUCCGAGACAAGGGCAGGUACGGGUUCCUGCUGCCGGAAGACCAGAUACUCCCCAACAACCAGGAAACCAUGGACUCGGUGUUGGAAAUGAUACACCAGGCCAGACGAUUCGGAUACAUGAACAGCGGACAUGGCCUGGUUUCAUCUAUUACUUUACUUUUAGCAUCAUCUAUCUAUGUAUUGUUGGAUAGAUUGUAAUUGUGGAUGUUGAAUAAAAUU